AGUGCCCUACCAAGUGCUGUAGACAGGAUCGAUUCUCAGUGCCAAGAAUUUGAGAAUAAAAGAUGUUCAAGUCAAUCAAAAAGCACUUCAAGCUGUCGGGUGGUCAUUUAAAGCUUCACCACACAAGUGAAAGCCUUUCUGAAGUGAGCACCCACAGUGAGAAAACCACAUCGCAGGAGGAUGCCAAUUAUACUCUGCUGAUCCAUGGCCCCGUGGAAUUCAGAAGAGACCAGACCAGGCAGAAGCGGCACCUCUUCCUCUUCAAGAAUUUGUUACUUGUGGCUAAUACCAGGUAUAAAAAAUGCUUUAAGAUAAAAAACAAAAUACCACUAAACACCUUAUGGACAGCUGACUACGUGGACGAAGUGGGAAAACAUGGCAGCCCCUGUGCCGAGAGGUCAUUUUUCUUGGGGUGGCCCACAGUGAACUUUGUGGUUACCUUCCGUUCUUCAGAAGUAAAGGAACAAUGGCAGUCUUUCCUUCAAAGGUAUAUAAGUCUUGCUAAAGAGAAGGACCAGCCAAAGAGCAUUCCCCUCCAAAUCGUCACUGAAGAUAUCAAGGACUGUGUACCUUCUGUAAAUAUAACAGUUACCAAUUCAGACACAGUGAACGAUACUAUCAAGAUGUCACUGCAAAUACUAGGGAUAACUGGCUCUGAGGGAGAUUACCAGCUGUGUGUCCGUUCUGGUGAGGACAAGGCCCCAUACCCACUCAUUGGGCAUGAGCAUCCUUAUGGAAUUAAAACAAGCCAUCUUCAAGCCACUGCUCUUCUGCCACAAGGACCAGAAUGGCAUGAGCAUCCUUAUGGAAUUAAAACAAGCCAUCUUCAAGCCACUGCUCUUCUGCCACAAGGACCAGAAUGCACCACCUCUCCUCCCACCCUCCAGGAGCCAUUCCUGAAGCAGCCGUCCCCAGAUAUGGAAGACCAGUUCAUCCUGAAGGCCAGAUGCCCAGCCAGAGGCCAGCAGAGGAACAAUUCAGACCAGAAGGCUGUCAGGAAAAGACGGUCUUUCAUAAACUGGAUGUUUCGGCGAGACACGAGCACUCUCCAGGAUACCCCAAGCUUGGCUCCACCAGCCCUGAAGCCGGAAGAAUUCUUUGGAGCUUCUCUCGCAGAUAUUUGUGAGAAUGGCAGCCUGCCCACUUCUCUUCUGGAUAUGCUCUUCAUCCUCAAUCAAAAAGGGCCUCUCACAGAGGGUAUCUUCAGAAAAUCGGCCAAUAUAAAGUCAUGUAGAGUCCUAAAGGAGAAACUAAACUCCAGAGUCAAAGUGGACAUGGACAGUGAAUCUGUUAUUGUAGUAGCAUCUGUCUUCAAGGAUUUUCUUCGAAAUAUCCAGGGAAGCAUAUUUUCAUCCAAUCUUUAUGAUAAAUGGUGCGAUGUUAUUGAUCUAGAGAACGAGGAGGAAAAAAUACCUGCAAUCCAGAGGCUUUUGGAACAGCUGCCAAAACCCAACGCUGCUCUCCUGCGAUCUCUCCUCGGAGUGUUACACAAUAUUGAGCAGCACUCCUCGGCCAAUCAGAUGACAGCAUAUAAUUUAUCCGUGUGCAUAGCCCCAAGCCUCUUUUGGCUGCCUAUUUCCUGCAGCACAGAACUAGAAAAUGAAUUUACAAAAAAGGUUUCUUUUAUACAGUUUCUCAUUGAGAACUACCUCAAGAUAUUUGGAGAAGACGUCACAGUCUCCGGGGAGAGCUCACCGAGUUGUACUAACAGUGAAGAGGAUGCAGCAGUGAAAACAGAGCAACCUCUUGAAGUCAAGUUAAUAAGAGUCAUUGUAAUAUACAAAAAAGGCACGACUACGGGAAAAGGCCAAGUUCUAAUCUAGCAGGAGCUCACCCGGCUACCCGUCCACUAUUUUCAAAGUCACUGAAGCUUAAAUCUGUGUAAUUACAUUUCUCUCUUUCUUUCUUUUCUGUUCCUAUGAUAUUCCACUGGGAACUGUUUUUCCAAAAUGUUUGCAGGAUUUUGCUGAAUUUAGAUGAAAUCCUCAGGUUCUAUCCAAAAAUAAGUGAAUUUCUUGGCAAAAGAGUCCAUCUAAAGUAAGACAACCACUUUAAAUCAUGUUUUUACAUAAUUUGUUUUUCAGUUGAACACUAAAU